AUGUGUUAUGUAGUAAGUUUGUUUAUAAAUCAGUAUUCCACAAUUGUGGCCUUGUACCAUACUCAAUCUUUCUCUCUUUCUCAAUCUGCUAAUAUCUAUCUAUAUGUCUAUCUAUCUAAAUAUGGUCACAUCUAUCUAUUUCAAUCUGGUCUUAUCUAUUGUUCUAUUUAUCUCAAUCUGGUCUUAUCUAUCUAUCAAUUUCAAUCUGGUCAUAUCUAUCUAUUUAAAUGUGGUCAUAUCUAUCUAUCUAAAUCUGGUCAUAUUUAUUUAUUUCAAUCUGGUCUUAUUUAUCUAUCUAUCUAUCUAUCUAUCUGGUUAUAUCUAUCAGCAUAUCUGUCUAUUUCAAUCUGGUCUUAUCUAUCUUUCUAUCUAUCUAAAUCUGGUCUUAUUGAUCAAUCUAUCUAUCUAUCAAUUUCAAUUUGGUCAUAUCUAUCUAUCAAUUUCAAUCUGAUCUAUCUAUCUAUCUAUCUAUCUAUCUAUCUAUCUAUCUAUCUACUUCAAUCUUGCCAUAUCAAAGUUCAUGCAAUCCCACCUUCAAAAUGUACAACACUCACCUGUAAUUUUAGCAAGAAAGAAUUAAGGUAA